CUUCAGUAGACUAGUGACUACAGUGAUAACCUUGUUUCUCCUAAUUCUCGGUUUGUAGAAAAAUGGGUAAAUUUUACGGAAGUUUGUGCAAGGAUUACGAUUAUAUGAUCCCCGAGAAACAACUACACAUGGGAAAGCACAACGAGAAGCAGAGACUCCUGGACAAGGAAGACGUAGACGUCUCGCUGAAUAUUGGCAACGUUGUCGCCGGCGAUGAUGAUCCGGUUUGUAACCGAAACGUCGAACACCCGACAUCUAAUUUCGAUACCAUGGUACAUUUGCUAAAAGGCAAUGUCGGUACGGGAAUUUUGGCGAUGCCGGAUGCUUUUAGAAACGCCGGAUGGGUGAUAGGGUUAUUUGGCACCCUUUUCAUGGGCGUAAUUUGCACCCAUUGCAUGCACAUAUUAGUUUCUUGCUCCCAUGAACUGUGUAGAAGGACCCAAACGCCUUUUUUGAGCUUCUCCGAUGUCGUCGAAAGCGCAUUCAAGACGGGCCCGCCAUUUUUGCAGAAAUGUUCCAAAGCUGCCAGAUUGCUGACGAACAUGUUCCUGUUCAUCACUCAAGUUGGGUUUUGCUGCGUUUACUUUGUAUUCGUAGCCGCCAAUCUGCAAGAGGUGGUUAAACACUACUACGUGGAUUUGGGCGUUCACUGGUACCUUGUCAUUUUGCUGGUACCUCUGAUUCUGCUUAAUUGGGUCAAAAGCCUAAAGUACAUGACGCCUGCAUCGCUAUUCGCAUCAGUCGCCACGGUAACCGGUCUAGUGAUCACCUUUUUCUACAUGCUCGAAGAUUUGCCUGACAUUUCGACUGUUAACGCAUUUUCCAGCUUGGGCCAGCUCCCCUUGUUUUUUGGAACUGCGAUUUACGCCUUCGAGGGUAUUGGUGUGGUGCUGCCGCUGGAGAAUAACAUGAAAAAUCCGCAAGAUCUAAGGGGAUGGAACGGAGUCUUAAAUAUCGGAAUGACAAUAGUGGCUAUACUGUAUACGUCUGUUGGUUUCUUCGGCUACCUCAAGUAUGGUGAUAGGGCCGUACUGGGAAGCGUCACUCUACUAUUGCCGUCUGACGAAAUAUUGGCGCAGUCGGUACGAAUUAUGAUGGCUUUGGCGAUAAUGUUGUCGUACAGUCUUCAGUUCUACGUGCCAUUCAACAUUAUUUGGCCGCAGAUCGAAAUCUAUUUCGAGAAUGACAAAGCGAAAUGGUACGCCGAAUAUUUGACGAGAACGAUUUUGGUGUUCGUCACAUUCACGCUGGCCAUAGCCAUACCAAACUUGGGGGCGGUUAUUUCUUUGGUGGGAGCUUUCAGCAGUUCGGCGCUGGCAUUGAUUUUCCCGCCCUUGAUCGAGAUUGUCACUUUCUGGCCGGAGAAGUUAGGGAAAAACAAUUGGAGACUGUGGAAAGAUCUGGCUAUCGUUUGUUUUGGUUUCAUAGGGUUCUUGAUCGGAUCUUACGUCAGUAUUCUGAACAUCCUUUAUCCGGAGGCAGCGGCCUAAAUAUCGUAAAUAUAUCGGAUUUAUCGAGACAAUAAUUGUAAAUCACGCUGUUCGAUACGCUUAAGGUGUGACAAUAUACAUAUCUCUUUAUUUUGUUGAAUAUAAUUUUUAAGUUGCCACGUUUCCUUUUGUCUAAUUUAGAAAUGAUCUUAAUAGUUUUCGCUUUAAAUUGAGAAAGAAUAUUUUGAAUUUUGAAAACGAAAAUUUUAAAGAAUGAAGCGUGGAUCUGAAAUUGUUGUAGUUGUGAUAAUAGUUAAGGAUUCUAUUGAUGGCAUAAUGGCAACACACCACGCUAGUGGAGUUUCUAUGGUAAUACGUAUACGUGAAUUUAUGUUGAAUUGCUUAUAAGGUUUUGCCUUAUCGCCGUAGAUCUCCCAGUCGUUAUAUGUUCCCAGUAUGUUUACAUAUUAUAUACUUGUUGUAUAUAUCCUGUAAAUAUCUCGUCAAAUGUAGUAUUUAUUUUAGUUAAAUUAUAUGUACCUAUAUAUUUUUUAUUAUAUUUUUUAUUUUUGUGGACGACUUAAGUAUAUGUUCAUGAUAAUAAAACAUUGUA